UCAGCGGUGCCUCGAGCAAACUUUGGCACUAUUCAUCUGUGCUCUUUCAUAAUGUCAGGUUUUGGAAGGUGUAACACUGUAAGUCGCUAGUCAGCAUGUUCACUAUAGACGGUACAAUCGGAUCUACGGAAUACAGUCAAAACCACCAGGAAUGCAUCGACGAAACCGCAGACAGCCUGGGACUGUCAGCACAGGGGUUCAUGCAGAGCUUGGUGAAGGACAGAGACAAGCAGGCCAUCGAGUCAAACGUUAAAAGCAUUCAAGGGAUCGCUGACCAUGCGUCGCUCGCACCAGCCGACUGUCUUUGGACAACGGAGGCCAGUGGUUCCGUUAAACUUAGGAUAGAUGAAACAUGCCUGCAGGAACCUGUCACUCUCCACCAGAUGUUUAAAUCCUCAGUGGAGAGGUAUGGUGACCUGUGGGCUCUGGCGACCAUGAAGCACGGUGGAUGGGAGAAGAUCACAUUCUCUGAGUACUACCGCUGCUGUCGAGCGGCCGCCCGGAGCUUCCUAAAGCUUGGCUUGGAGAGGUUCCAUAGUGUGGCCAUUCUUGGGUUUAAUUCCGCAGAAUGGUUCUUUUCAGCGGUUGGUGCCAUAUUUGCAGGAGGGAUAAUGACUGGAAUCUAUGCCACAAACUCUCCAGAAGCAUGCCACUACAUCGCUAAUGACUGCGAAGCUAACGUCAUUGUGGUGGAAAAUCGAAGGCAGCUGGACAAGAUUCUGCAGGUUAAGGGUAGGCUGCCUCAUUUGAAAGCUAUCAUACAAUAUUCUGAACCAACUGAGAUGUCGCUGCCCAAUUUGUACUCGUGGGAGGAGUUUAUGGCCCUCGGAGAGGAUAUCCCCGAGAAAGAUCUGGAUGAUGUCAUCAACAGUCAGAAAGCGAAUCAGUGCUGUGUUCUCAUUUAUACAUCUGGAACAACGGGGAAGCCCAAGGGAGUGAUGCUUAGCCAUGAUAAUAUCACAUGGAUCGCCUUCCACGCAAGCAGGGUAGGGGACAUGCAGCCCGGCGAUGUCCACCAAGAGGUCCUGGUCAGCUACCUGCCCCUCAGCCACAUCGCCGCUCAGAUCUACGACCUCUGGACUGGCAUUCAAUGGGGGGAGCUUGUUUACUUUGCACAGCCUGAUGCUCUAAAGGGAAGUUUAGUGAGCACUCUGAAGGAGGUCCAUCCCACAUCUCUCAUGGGUGUUCCUCGCGUUUGGGAAAAAAUGAUGGAGAAGAUCAAAGAAGGCAUCACCCAGUUGGGCUACGUGAAGAAGAAACUGGUGACGUGGGCUAUGUCUGUUAGCCUGGAGGCUCACCAAAGGGGCAUCAGCAAGAGUGAAGGAAGGCCGUUCCUCCUGAACGUGGUGGACAGCCUUGUGCUGGAGAAGCUCCGCGCCGAGCUCGGCUUCUCUGGCUGCCAGAAGUUCUUCUCGGGGGCGGCCCCCUUAGCCAGUGAGACGCUGGCCUUCUUCCUGGGCCUGGACAUCAGGCUGUACGAGGGCUAUGGCAUGAGCGAAAGCUCUGGGCCUCACUUCAUGUCCGGCCCAAAUGCCUACAGGCUCUCAAGCUGUGGCAAAGUGAUUCCUGGCUGCAAGUUCAAGCUGGACAAAGAGGACGCAGAUGGGAACGGGGAGGUGUGCCUCUGGGGACGCAACAUCUUCAUGGGCUACCUAAAUAUGGAGGACAAGACGCGGGAGGCCUUGGACGAGGAGGGCUGGCUGCAUUCCGGGGAUCUCGGAAAGGCAGAUGAGGACGGCUUCCUUUACAUCACCGGCCGGAUGAAAGAGCUGAUAAUCACGGCAGGUGGGGAAAAUAUCCCGCCAGUGCUCAUAGAAGACGCAGUGAAAAAGGAAAUUCCCAUCAUCAGCAACGCCAUGCUGAUUGGGGACAAGAGGAAGUUCCUGUCGAUGCUGCUGACCCUGAAGUGCGUCUGCAAUGCAGAGACGACGGAGCCCAUCGACGAGCUGAGCAUAGAGGCUGUAGAAUGCUGCCAGCAACUUGGAAGCCAGGCUAUGAGAGUGUCGGACAUCAUCGGGGGUAAGGACAAGGUGGUGUACCGGCUCAUCCAAGAGGGAAUCGACAGGGUCAACUCCCGAGCGACAUCCAACGCCCAGCGCAUACAGAAGUGGGCUGUGCUGCCAAGAGACUUCUCAGUCUCCGGAGGGGAACUCGGUCCCACGAUGAAACUGCGCAGACCCGUCGUCCUGGAGUUAUAUCGGCAGGAAAUCGAGGCGUUCUACACAGAAUGAACAUGUAGCUAAUCCUACUACCCAAUGGGGCGCCUCUAAACCAUAACAUACUGUACUGCUGUUCCAUUAAUGUGGGGGCCUCCCUCCUCUGCUCCUCCUCACCAUGACCACUAGGCACAGUUCUCAUCUUUUUAAUGUCAGCUCCAUCCUCAAAUUGCUCAUUUCAACAUGAUUUUCACUUUAGUUACCAAAUUACACCAUUUUCAGAAAUCACUGACCGACUGACCUGUUCACACAGGAUUAUACUUAAGUUUGGUUCCUCUGAUUCUGGGCAUCUUUGCAAAUACUACCAAGGGGUCCAUCCAUCCUCUGACCAUUUACCCUGGUCAGGGCUGAUGGGGAACCUGGAACCAAUCCCAGGCAUAUUACAUCACAAGGCUGGGUACAGCCUGGACAGGACACUAGUCCACCACAGGGCACACAGGCACACGCACAAUAUGCAAUUUAUAGACACCAGCUCCAUGUCUUUGGACUGCAGAAGGACACUAGCACAGCACUAUGACAUCAUGCAAACUCCACACAGAGCAGGGUUGGAACUGGAAACCCCAACCCUAGAGAUGUGAGGCUACAGCGCCCCCCAACGACUGCCCAGUGAUAUAGCAAACACAAACAGAGCUCACUCACAUAGAAGGGACAGAUUUGGAUGCCAGAAAUAUUUUUAUUUUAAGUUUCUGUGCUUGAAGAUGCAGUGGUCCAGAUCUUUAAAAAAAUAAAGCAGACACAAAACCUU